AUGGAAUCAUUUGCAAUAGUUCAGAAAUCUAUAAGAGCAUUUUUCAACCGCAACAGGUCGAAGUUUGAAAGCCAAUUAGAUUAAAUUAGAUUAGAUCAUGCCGUUCGCUUUCGCAAGGGCCGGGAUUUGCACCCCUAAACGCUCAUCAUCCCUGAGGGAUCCGGCGGACACCCUUCCCCGCCGCUGCAGGCGAGGCUUCGCGCACCAGUCUUGACUUCCAUGGCUCCUGGAGUCUAUGGGUCGAAAAUCCCAGUUUCUCGUUGGACAAAUACCGUCUUCAUGGUCUGAAGGUCAUAUUGCCCAGCAGACGUCACCGACCUUGUCCUUUCCAAUGGUUGUACCGGAGGAAAAACUCUAAGUCCAGGGAUUAGUACCCUGGGCCCGAGGAAACCCAGCCCGACUAUACAUAAAGGAUUACGGCCCCUUUCCACCUAAAUCUCCAACACUGGGCCGUUGCCUGCUGCUGUUGAAGAAAUAGGGUCGAGAGGUCGGGUGGUCUGUCGUCACCAUUUUUAUGUAUAUUUGAAGCCAAUUGGAGCAAGCAAACCCAGAAAUUUUUGAAGUAGAAACAGGAUUUACGAAGCCUGAUGCUGAAGGCUAUUUUACUAAUGUGCCAAUCCAAGACUCUUCUGAAAUUUGGACAUAUUUCAACCUGCUAAACUCUAUUUGUCUCAAUAAGUGAAGGAGAAUUUGUAUGGAUUUGGCAGACAUUUUCUCGCUGCUUGAUAUGCAUGAUUAUUGCUGAAUUCCUUUGUACUUACUGAUUUGAAAUAAAAAUCCAAAGAAAGUGACUGACCAAGUCAAACAGAAAAUACAAAGAGUAGCCGAUGAAAAUGCGCUUUUUAGAUGGUGCUUUAGUGAAGAAAAUGAAGAUUUUGUGCAAACAUAUACUCAUGGAGAGCGAAGAACAUACUUCUUACUGUUUAUGUACUUUGUGCAAUUUCAUAAUAAAGAAAUGGAAUCCUGAAAGGUUUCGAAUCAAAAAGUGAGUUGAAUUUUGGAACAAUUCAUUCAAUGUAUCAAAUCAGAAUCAAUUUUGCAAAGUAUGGAUUUAACUUUCUUUUGCUCAUUUAUUCAUAAAUUAGCAGACUGCUAUCCGAAUUUUCCUCUUCCAAGUUGUGCUGAUUGGAUUUUAAUAAAUCUAAGAACAAGAGAACAUUUGGAAUUUGCUUUUUUGGUUUUAUUUAAUAAAGAAGUAAGUGAAAUUGAAGGAAUUAGAUACGAUUUAGAAGACAAGAUCAUUUCCUUCAAUCUCGACAUUUCAGAUAAUAUACUUUCACAUUAUUUACUCCGAUAUCAAAAUCCAGAUUCUUUUAUAAACGGGAUUUUAAAAAAAUAUUAUUUAAAUAAGGAAAGCAUGAAGGAAAGGAUGAAGGAAAGUAUGGCUCGGAUAUUAAAAUUUUUAAGUUACUAUAUUAAAUCUGUUAACCCUAAUGACGGAUUAGUGCUUUUACAAAAUAUACAUCCAAAUAUACUAAUAGAAGAAGAAGGCAUCCUCUUUGAGAAGCCACUUAAAGCAAUUGUUAACUACCAGCUCACGACUCCACAUAAAAAUAAAAAGUUUUUGAGCCAAUAUUUUAAAAGUAUUAUUCCAAGUAGCUACAGUCUUGCUAAAUGAAAUAUCCAUUUAUUUUUGCUCUAUGUUUACAUGAACACAAAAAAUAGGCAAAAAAGAGAAUUAUUGGCUAUACAGUAUAUCAAGCAAUUCAUAAGAAAUUUCUAUGCGAGUAUAAAUACCAGACAAUUACAAGUUGAAAUGGAUGCAUUAAUCCAAUUAUGCUGUGAUGCGAUUCCAAAUUUUCGAGCUGAAUUAAAUGAGAUAAUUGAUGAAAUAUCGCAAAAUCCUAAAGUGCUUCAUAAAUAUGCCCGCGUUUUUCUAACCUCAAUUUCAAUAAUAGAUCCUGAAACUGAUGAAUUUACUGAAGGAUCCUCCUUAGUCAAAGAUCUUUUUACGAUUUACAAUAAUUUUUUAGACAAUCCAAAUAUAGAAUCACUUUAUAUAUUUGAGUCAGAGUUAACAGAAUUUAUUGAUAAAAAACUUGGCGAUUUUGAUUAUCAUAGAAUUAGUUUCCAGGAAUGUGAGGAUACAACAAUAAUGAUUAAAACUCUUAUCAGCAUCUUUAAAGAAGAAGGACUAUUGAAGGUUAAAUAUAAAUUGCAUAAGUGCAUUCCAUAAAUGAACAAAUUUUUGAUCGCUCUUGGAGAGGUGAGUUAGUUUAGAUAUCAAUUUCUAUGUUAAUAUCCAAAAAACAAUUAUUGAAGAGUUCAUGGAUUCAUUUGCUUACAUAUCUCUGUUUAAAUCAUCAACUGACACAAUAACUAAGCAAUAUCUGGUGUCACAUCUCAGACGUCUAUUUGAUUGCAGUUUAGAUGGAACAGCAAAUGAAAACUAUGUAAAUGAGGCAAAUCAAAUAGCUAUUAAAAUGAUAAUGACUCCACCAGUGUGCAUAUCUGAAUCAUCAUUGUGAGACCUUAUGGAGAUAGCUAAGUCUCCUGUGGUAGAAGAAGCGUUCCAAGCUCUUGACCUUGAUGAAAACUUAUAUAAAUUUUUAGAACAAAGCUGUGAAAACAGAAUUUAUUUCGCUAACGUCCCUGAUAGCAUUUCUGGAAUAACUAUUUUUGGAGGAACAAUAUUGAUUCAUCCUAAGUGAAGUGAAGAUACCCCUAUAUCUCAGUGUGGACUAAAAGUUGUAUUUUUACACGAGUUGGCUCAUGCUGUUCGUAAAGAAAGCACUCCAGGCUGCUAUGAUAUAAGCAUAAAAACUCCUGAUUCUAAAGGCCCUUUUUGGAAAGGACCACCAGGAGUUCCUAUUGAGUUAUAUAAAGAAAAAAGUGAAAUGCUAAGCGAAGGUGGAGUGUUGCUAGAAACAAUUCUAUUUGGUACAUUUUUAACAAAGCUAUCUGAGGAUCAAAUUAAUUUUUUGAAUUAUGAUGCGAAUUGAAAUCAACCACUCGACAAAUUCAAGGAUGAGCUAAGCAGUAAAUAUCACCAAUACAGCGCAAUAUACCAUCUAGCAAGAGGAUCAAAUUGUAGUGUCAAUUUAGAUAGAAUUGGCCAUGAUCGCAUGCAAUAA